AUGGCCACCGAGGCUGGGUUGGAGCUACUGAACCCCCGUGUACCUACACACGUGUCAGGCACAACGGUUGACGUAGUCUUAGCCGCGAGCAAUGUGCCCAUGCAGGUCCGCGUCUUGGACAUGUUCGUAGCGGCCUCGGACCACAAAAUGGUAUUCGGCAGUCUCCCGCAUAAUCUGACCCUUCGAUAUGACGCAGUUGUCGGCCGGGUGUCAUGGGCAUCAACGGAAGAAUGGGAUGCAGCACUUCAUACAGUCGCACCUCUUUUGGAUUUGCUUGCUGACGCAAUAGGCCCGCUCCAGUGUGACCCUGUCCUGGCGCCGCCAAUGCUGGGGGGGACCUCGUCGAAAAAGGUGAGGCGCGGCAUCUUGGACUGUGCUGCCUGGUGCCGCGACGUCGUGAUGGUGGUUGCCGGCCACGCAGCAGGCGCGGUCAAGGCCAUGUCGCAGGAGCAAAUGGUGCAGGCACUCGUGGAAGACUUAUUCACCCGCGCGCAGAACUCAUUCCCGCAGAACGAGUCCGAUGCUGUUGCCAUGAAUCGGGAAAUUUGCGAGGUGCGGAGAACAGGCGCCACGCCGGAGGGCACGCCCUCCACAUCCACUAACAACGGUCCCUACACAGCAGAGGAGAUCACCAAUGCCAUCUCCCGUCUGCGGGAGAGCGGGGCCCUGGCGCAACUUCCAUCACUCUCAGACCGCAUCGCGGUCGUCGAGAGUGCGGGCCGCCACGGAUUGGUCAUGCUACAGUACAUCGACGACGGGGUGGCGGCCUGCCCGUCGGUGGGGGCGACCAGGGCCAUCCUGGACCAGUCCAUUUCUUCUGCCACGGUGAAGUAUGCUGCGAGGCAUAAGGCUGCCUUCAAUUUCGGCCCCGGGAAAGCCGAAUGCCUGGCGGUACACGGCAGCCCCAUGUUCGAUUCCACUGGCAUGGGAUUCGACCUCGUGCUGACGCACAAGAUGCUGGGUAUCACCCUUGACGCGGAGCUGUCCUUCGCCCCCCACGCGAAAGCUACCAUGGCCAUGGGGCGCUCCUUGUUCGAUGAGCUUUACGAAGCAGCGGAGGCGGGCGGGUUUCCGGUUCGUGUCCUAGCUGCCCAGGUGUUGAUCAGAAUUGUUCCCGCAGUGCUGGCAGGUGCUGCUGUGCUGGCCGCCGUGCCCAACAUUGAGAGUGAUCUCAAUAGUUUGCAAGCGUACUGGGCCAGGGCCACCUUGGGCUACAGACGUGGCCCGCGGCUGAACUGGGCACUCUCGCGCCUUCAGUGCCAGUGGGACCUGAGGCUUGGAACGCUCAUGAUCCUGCAGGUGGUCAUGGCACGCGCCAGGCUCUGGGUCCUCCCGGAGGGACACCCGGCGACGGCGAUGCGGGAUGCCGCGCGCCAGUCGCCGGCGCCUUCCUGGUGGCGGGCGGCUGGCCAGCUCAUGGCCAGCAUGCCGAACGGGCCCAUUCGGGACAUCAGCGCCCAUGAGGGGUUCACAGAGGAGGUGGUCGCAGCCCGGUCUUCGCCAGCAUCCCGAAGGUCGCUGCUACGGCGGUACCGCCAAGAGGUGGCACUGCCAGCCCUGCGCGCCUAUGACCAACCAUCGGUAGAUGCGGCGGCUGACCGUCCAUUGCCAUGUCUGGGGCUACCGUUUCGCAGCCUCAUGCCGGCCAUGCAGCGAGGCACGCAGCAAUACAUGUUUGAAGAUCAUGGAGGAAAUCUGUAUUUUAGGCUCUGGGCAGUAUGCAGGGUGACUGGCCGCUGGCCGCUGCCAGUCCUAGGUGGUGAGGACGCGCCGCUGGUUCUGCCGCGCUGUGGUGCAUGUCCCAGCACAGAGGUGGACGUCUCCCAUGCAUUGCUUGCGUGCGGGCACACCUCGGCGUCACGGCGCCAGCUGUGGACAUCCAUCGACGGCGGGGCGCCUACGACGCAGCAGGCGGCGCUCCUGGCCCUACUUGGCCCGGUAGCGACCGCCGACUGCAUCAAGUAUGUAG